AUGUAGAUCAACUACACUUUCAUUUUGAUUUCAUAUGGUUGUGUUGACAAGCCCAUUAUACUUCAUUAAUUCAUACUCGUAUCAUCAUGGGAAACUUGCCGAAUCAAGUUCUCCAAACACUGAUUCUUCUUCUGGUUACUGUCAUAGCGGUACAAGCUGUGACAUCAUGCAGAGGUCGAUGUGGUGGUUCUUUUAGACGAGACAACCAGUGUCAGUGUAACAGAGCAUGCGCACGAUUCGGAGACUGUUGCCAUGACUACCAGACGCUUUGUGAUGGAGGAGGUAGACCUGGAGGAGCCCCGGUUGCUAAGCAACCCAUCUCAUCAGGGGACAUCUCUCGCCUUGCGCACAGCCUUUGGACCGCUGAUACCAAUCGCGUACCAGGGAUGAUGUACUCCAUCCGUAAGCAGACAAGAAUCUCUCAUCUGUACAGGCGUAGAGAUAGGGCUCCCAAGAGCCUCUUUACCAACGUCCUGCCUGCAGCUCUCUACGGCCCCACCCUCACACCUUUCCGGGCGCUUCUCAACAACUACGAGCGAUCGACGGGCGUGGCGGAACGGACGACGACCACCGAGCAACGAGAGAUUGAUGCAUUUCUGACGGCAAUUUUCAAUACUGAUGUCAUUCAAAGCACCUACAAUCUGCUUUAUAACAAAGGUCAUUUUUCGUCUAAAGCUGAUUUCAAAGACUUCAUGAAAACGACAUGGUUUGGCCUCUACUCGCGAUCAGGAGGCACGCUUGACUCAUCUGCCUUUGAACACACGUUUGUUGGGGAGAUGAAAAAUGGCGCCGUGACUGGCUUUCACAACUGGAUUCAAUUUUGUCUUCAGGAAAGGGCGGGAAACCUCAACUAUUACGGAUACAGAAGUGAAAAACAGCCUAACCAACUCCUCCUCCAGUUCAACUGGUCUGGUCAAGUCAAGACACUCUCCUCGAUCAUGUACGGUGUCAGCCCCGAGUUCGAGCUCGCCCUCUUCUCUGUAUGCUUCAUAGCGCGACCCAGCGAUCUCUGCACAUUCACACUCAACGGACAUAACGUAGCUAUACGGACGUGGAAGAUAGAGGGAGACAAACUAGGUGCCGCCUACUUUCACGUGUAGUUCAAGAAUUCAACUUUCAAGAGAAUGUGUUCCUAGAAUACCAAUACUGGUGAACACAACGUGAUUGAAUGACUUUUUAAUUAAAUUUAAAAUGUGUGAUAAAAAGCAACAGUAAGAAAAAAUAUUUAAAAAUAAAGAAAAAGAAUCUAGGCUCGAAUCAACUGAUGUCUGAAAUUAUUAUGACCUUAUAAUUUGUCGUUCUGUUAGACAGGCAUAAUAAUAUAUGAUAGAUACACGAUGGUGAUGCCGCAGACAUGUCACACCCAUACAGAGACAUUGGCCAACCUCACGAGUCUGUAUUUCUUUUCCAAAAAUGUAUCGUAAGACUAGAAUUUCGUCAUCUCUAUGUUUCUUCGUCUCAAAUAAAAGGGUUGUAUAUACUUCAAAAGAUUCGUAACAAUAAUAUAUUUUUUUCUUGAUUU